AUGGCGGACGUGAGGAUUACUGGCACCGGUAACCACAAUGUAGUUGUCGUCGAGCUCCAGGCACUCCUUUCGGAGAACCUCAUCUCGACCGAUCACAGCGCCGUUUUUCUUGUGGCCACAAAACUGACCAUGGAAGGGUUUGGGAUUCCGUUGAGUGGAUUGUUCCCAUCAGAUGCUGCGCGUCGUCCACUGGCGUGUGAUUUGCUGGAUCAUCCAGGCUUUGUGACGGAGCCCUGGGGAGUGACACGGUGGUACGCUUUCCUUUUAGCGAUGGCCGUCUUUGUGGAGGCAUUGACCUGGGACUGUUUCAGGAAAUUUGAUCUUAUAUGCGGUGUUUUGAAGGACUAA